AUGAUCGCCCUCUCAAUCGCCUCUCUCGCCGCGGUGGCCUCGCUGGUCGUUCCCGCCAACGCUCACAUGGAGAUGACUUACCCCGCUCCGUUCCGCUCCAAGUCGAACCCGCACGCGACUGAGAUCGAGUAUAGCAUGACCUCGCCCCUCAACGCCGACGGCUCCAACUACCCCUGCAAGGGCUUCCUCUCUGACCUGAACGGCCCCGGCGGUGCUGUCACUGCCGAGUGGACCGCUGGUCAGAACUACCACUUCACUCUGCAGGGUGGUGCCAACCACGCCGGUGGCUCUUGCCAAGCCUCGCUUUCGUAUGACGGCGGCAAGACAUUCACCGUCAUCCAGUCGAUCGUCGGCAACUGUCCCUCGACUGUCGCUCCUACCGACUACCCCGUCACCGUCCCCGGCGAUGCCCCCUCCGGUGACGCCAUCUUCGCCUGGACCUGGUUCAACAACCUUGGCAACCGUGAGAUGUACAUGAACUGUGCGCACAUCAAGAUCAACGGUGGCUCCGGCGGCUCCGGCUUCAGCUCGCGUCCUACCAUCUUCGAGGCCAACAUCGGCAACGGCUGCAGCACCCUCGAGGGCUCCGACGUCGAGUUCCCCAACCCCGGCCCCGACCUCAUCAACCAGUCCAGCAAGACCGCUCCUCCUCAGGGCAACUGCGCCGCUGGUCCUGGCAGCGGUGGCAACCAGCCCCAGUCGUCUGCGGCCGCCCCCUCUCCGUCCAGCACUGAGGGUGGUGCUCCCGCUUCCUCUGGUGCUGCCUCGUCCGACGCUGCCCCCGCACCCUCCUCGACUGCUUCGUACGACGACGGCCAGUGGCACCCCUCCUCCUCUGCGGCCGCUCCCUCGUCCACCGACGGCAACAACGGCGAGUGGCAGCCUACCUCCUCGGCCGGUUCGAGCGAGGCGCAACCCACUCCCACUGACGGCAACUCGCAGAGCCAGGGCCAGUCCUCCGCGACCGGCAUUAACCCUCCCACCGAGUCUGGCAAGAACCGCAAGAAGAAGUGUGUCCGCCGCCAGAAGCGCAACGGUGUCCACGGCCACCGCCGCGCCGGCCCUCACGGUGGCCGCUCUCGCUCGUUCUAA